UAAACCCUUAUUUAAGAAACUUCAGUUUCUAAUUCUGCUGGUCUUUUCAGAAGAAGAGAUAAUAGGAGAGAGAAGAAAGUUAAGAGGUUUAUAAUGGUGGCUCACGAGAGGAUCCAUAAUCUUCAAAAACCAACGUGCAUUUGCAUUAUCUGAAAACUCAACGACUCUCUCUCAAGAAGACAACUUCUCACUUACCAACAAGACGACUUCACGACGUUGUCGUCGCCAAUACCUUCUUGCAUCACCGGAAACCCAAUCGACGAUUGCUGGCGCUGCGACCCUAACUGGUCGGCAAAUCGCCAACGACUAGCCGAUUGCUCAAUUGGUUUCGGACAAGGAACACUCGGAGGAAAAGGCGGUCAGUUUUACCUCGUCACCGAUUCCUCCGACAACGACGCGGCGCAUCCAAUUCCCGGAACCCUACGUCACGCCGUGAUUCAGCCGGAGCCACUCUGGAUCGUCUUCUCUAGCGACAUGGGAAUCACACUCAAACACGAGCUCAUCAUCGCAAGUUACAAGACAAUCGAUGGACGCGGCACGAAUGUCCAAAUCACCGGACAUGGUUGCCUCACGAUCCAGCAGGUGAGCCACGUCAUCAUCCACAACAUCCACAUUCACCACUGUAAACCCUCCGGCAACACUUUGGUUGCUUCGUCGCCAACACACGUCGGAUAUCGAGGAAUUUCCGACGGAGACGGAAUCUCAGUCUCAGCUUCGCAUCACAUUUGGGUCGAUCACUGUUCUCUCGGUUACUGUGCUGACGGACUCAUCGACGUCAUCCUCGCUUCCACCGCCGUCACAAUUUCCAACAACUAUUUCUCUCAUCACGACGAAGUUAUACUCUUAGGUCACGACGACCGGUACACGGCUGACAAGGGGAUGCAAGUAACAAUUGCAUUCAACCAUUUCGGAGAAGGGCUUGUGCAGAGGAUGCCGCGGUGUAGGCACGGUUAUAUCCACGUGGUGAACAACGACUUCACGGCAUGGGAAAUGUAUGCAAUCGGCGGAAGUGCUAGCCCUACGAUCAAUAGUCAGGGUAACCGUUACACCGCACCUAUUGAUCCCAAUGCCAAAGAGGUGACGAAGCGCGUGGACUCAAACGAGAAACAUUGGUCGGGAUGGAACUGGAGAACGGAAGGUGACGUUAUGCUUAACGGAGCGUUUUUCGUGCCGUCAGGUGACGGAGUGAGCCCAGCGUACGCCAGAGCCACCAGUGUUCAGCCUAAAGCCGCCGCUAUCAUUGACCAACUCACGGUCAACGCCGGCGUCUUUGGCGAUCCCAGUGGGAGAAACGGCCAAGGAGGAAGUUUUCCCGGAAUAACGGACGGUGGUGGGACCAUCACACGCGGUUAUAGUAAAAGUGGACCCAGCGGCAGUAGCGGGGACAGCGAUGAUGGCCUUUUCACAGUGAUAUUCGGUAACAAUAGCGGUGCGGUGGCUCUAAGGCCGGGACAAGUCUGGUCGAUUCUAUUGAUUAUCAUUUUAUUUUGGUAUAUUCCACACCAUACGAGAUGAUGAUUUCAUUAUUGGUUAGAGGGUUUAUUAUUUAUUUCUGGUUACAAAACGAAUAUACGUAUUUAUAUACA